CUCUCUGUGCCCAACUUCGCUUCUUCCCUCCUUUUUCUCUGCCCAACAACGCUUUGUUUCUGCCCAACAAUCAUACCUGACGCCCCUCCACUCUAUCUUCAUCCUCUGCCAUACUCACAACAGGCCCCCUCAAAGCCCUCGACGCCUUCUCACACACUCACACACAUAUUACAUAUUACCACUGCCUUCUUGCUGUUAUUAUCCCAAUAUUACACGACAGUCGGCCCUCCACCCACAGGAUCCCAGACCUCAGGCCGUAUUCCCUUCAGGUGCUUCAGGUGUUACCACAUCCACGGAACUCUUGCUACCUGCAACCCCCUUGGUCGUCGACAUAUCCGUCUCACACAGCCCAUAGGAUUACCACAUCAGUGUUCUCGACGGUUGAGCAUCCAGUCUCACGUAAACCGCAAGAAAUUGAUGCCCUUGAUUUUGCCACAGGAUCAGGACCACUUUGAUAUCCCAGGGGACAUGGCCACAAUGCUUGCCUCACGAGACAGUAUGGCUGCAUUCAACUCCUUAGAUCUGGACGAUGUCCACACUCCCGCGAGUGACUAUAGCACAUACUCCCAGGGAAACAUGCUCUCUACUGCCAGCGGACAUUUCAUUUAUUCUCAAACAGCACAUACAGACCUAAAUGGUUCAGUAUGGGACACUCCAACAGAAGGCACACAGGACUUUCAUGGAGAUGAAGAUUUCCAUUUUACAUAUGGACAGAUUACUCCCAGAGGACAGGACCAGAAUGAAACACUAGAUGACAUGACUAGCAAAUGGAUUGCCACAGAGCAGGCGAUGCCUGCACCUGAGCCCAUGAGACGUAUUAGCUCUCAAAGCUCGUCCAGGAGUUCUAAGCACAGGACUGUCAAGGCCUCUUCACACAAGAGCCGUCCUCGCAUACUCUCAACUGUGUCCCAAGGCCAACCCUUGCCUGAUUUUGAUAUUACUGGCAAUCCGUCAGUGGAUGGAUAUCUUCUUCAGGAUGACGCCCAGUCUGUGACUUCGUCCACCAUGUACUACCCGUUGUCCAUGAGUGUCGGCCUGCCCAUGGACGGCUUACCUACAGAUGGAAUUUCGUAUUCCCCCUCGCUGCUAGCGUCAGGUUUGGCGCACCAGCAUAUUGAUCCUGUACACAUGCAGUUGAAAUUCGACCCAAGCGUCGCAGGUAAUUCUCCCAGUGCUUCGUGGGGUUCUCUUAGCCCAGAGUCCCGCAUCUCUUCGCCCGGAGUUCCCGAGGAUACAUGGUCUUCUUCAGUUCCCAUAGGUUCGUCGCCAACACACACUAAUGACUCUUCUCCAGUCAUGGACGGCACGUCGCCUAGCCUUGAUCGCCAAAUGGGCAUGAUGACCACUGAUGAUCUCAAUGGACACAUACUUGCGGAAGAUAUGUUCGCUCUACCACCCUCCUUUACCCGUCGUUCGAGUGGUGAGGGAGAAUCUUCCGCCAGGGAUCACCCCUUGUAUAAGAAUGCGUUCCCAAAGCCCGAUGGACUUUUCCACUGUCCAUGGGAGGGCCAGGCCAGCUGCAACCACAAGCCCGAGAAGCUCAAGUGCAACUAUGACAAAUUCGUUGACUCCCACCUCAAGCCAUAUCGAUGCAAGGCAGAGGCUUGCGAGAAUGCCCGAUUCUCGUCUACCGCGUGUCUUUUGCGCCAUGAACGAGAGGCACAUGCCAUGCACGGUCACGGCGAUAAGCCUUAUCUUUGCACAUACGAAGGAUGCGAACGUGCCAUUCCAGGGAACGGAUUUCCGCGCCAAUGGAAUCUAAGAGACCAUAUGCGUCGUGUACACAAUGACAAUGGCAACUCCCUUGCCGCACAUACAGGUCCCUCUCAAACCAGCCACGCAUCUUCGACUCAUUCAGCCAAGGGUCGAAAGCGAAAGAGCAAGGACUCUGUGGACUCCAGCUCUAGUAGUCGCAAGCAGGCAUCCAAGUCAGCUCAAGCAGCUGAAGCCGCCGCCGCUGCCAAGGCCGCUGAGCAACCUCUAAUUGAUGAAUGGUACCAGCACCAAAAGGCCCUGCAAACGUACUUGCAGGCAUACAACAGCCCGGAUGCCUUCGAUCAUGUCCACACACUUGGUGAUGCCACAGACCACAUGGAAGCCAUGGGAAAGAUUUCAAAGAAAUUGCUCCAGACCAAGAAGAGUGCUCGGGAGACGUAUCGACGAUCGUACGGACACCACACUGGGUAAAUGAACUGGACAUAAUCACAUCACUCGCCACUUCACUCGUUGCACACCCAACAUCUUCGUUCUGCGAUCAAGCGCCCAAUGUGAGCUAACUCAGCCUUUGGGUUGCAAGUGCACAUGAUACCUAUUCCUUCCUACCUGGCCUGUUGGCCGGAUGUGGAAACUUGUAGCAGUGUCUCAUCAGCGAUGGUCGCUGAACCGAAUGGAUCGGUAGUAGACUAAGGACCACGGGACUACAGCCCCUUGCUGUAGAGCAUUCUGGAUUCAAACCAGGAAGCCCAAAGAAAGAUGCCCCAGGCCCGGGGCGGGAAAACCGGAACCACAGGUCAUCAAUCGCUAUCCGGGAUCAGCGAUAGUGACCUGCCUACUAGGAGAGGAACCAGCGCCGCGGUGGCAGCUGUAUUUUUUGUCGUUGAUUGCUGAGUGAUAUUCAUCCUAGGAGGCCCAGAGAUUCUUGACGUUUUUGCAAUUGAACUAUCGGUUGUGAGACCCAUGGCUAAGCUAAUGACAGCUAUCUCGGUCGCUUCCGCUCUUUCGUGCUGGGGAUUUUUCGUUUAUUUAUGAUUUGCUUUGUUUAUUUACAGGUCUGCAUGCAAAUGCGAUAUGGAUGUUACUUGGACUGGGUGUUUACUCAUAUUGGUUUUGUUUGGAAUGGCGUUUCUUGUUGGAUUAUGACAUGAGC